AUGAGUGGUUUCAUCAUAGAGCAGAGUUUCGAAAUAAAUGAGUUGGCGAUAGUUUUGGUGAUUGUGGUAACACUAACAGCGAAGAGGAAUGAGAGUACUGAGGAUCACGUUGAUAUUGAAGAGGCAAUGACUUUUGCGGCUAUGGGCGAGUCCAGAAUCAACGCGGACUAG